CACCAUACGCCUGAAUCGCGAUUAACUCCGCAGCAUGUGUUACAAUACGGCAAGAGACUCGUUUUAGUGCGAUAGGAUGAGGUCAGCUUCUACUGACAAACCACGCAAUUGAUACAGUCACAGAGCUGCAAAUGCUGCUGAUCGCCAGCACUGACUCCGCUACACUAGCAUGCAUGCCCGGCCACAGUCCUACAUCCCGUUGGCGGAGGCCUGACCGAGAGGUAUUUCAAUCGUGCUCGUCUUCGUUUACCAGGACAACACUACGAUAGCCAGAAGGCUUCCUCCAGCAAUGCAUCUUGAGAUCCACACAGCUGUCGUCCUUCUCCCCUUCGCCCUCCUAAUCCUGCGUCUCCUCACCGCGCUCUACAACGCCCUGGUAUCCCCCCUCCGCGGUAUUCCGGGCCCCUUUUCCGCGCGCUUCACCAAGCUCUGGUACUUCCACCGCGUCCUCCGCGGCUCCUUCCACCACGACAACAUCGCCCUGCACCAGUGCUACGGACCCAUUGUGCGCAUCGCACCCAACCUUUACUCCAUCUCCACCGCAGACCCCAAAACCAUACAAACCGUCUACGGCAUCGGCAGCAAGUUCCCCAAGUCAGACUGGUACGAUGGCUGGGCGAAUCCCAAGUCCGACAAAUACUCUCUGUUCCCGGAUCGCCAUAUCCGGAGGCAUGCGGAGGCGCGGAAGAGGUUCCAGCGAAUGUAUAGUAUGAGCGAGAUGGUGAACUACGAGGGGUUUGUCAACGCUUGCGCUCGCAUUUUCGAUCAGCGGCUGCGCGAGUUUACUUCUACAAGAGACGGGGUAGAUAUGGCGCAUUGGUUCCAGUGCUACGCGUUUGAUGUUAUUGGCGACGUUACGUACUCAGCGCGCUUUGGGUUUUUAGAUGACGGCAAGGACAAGAGUGAUUUGCUGACGGCGCUGCAUCGGACGCAGGUGUAUAGUACGCUGAUUGGGAUAUAUGCAGAGUGGCAUAGAGCGGUUUGGGAUCUGGCUGUUAGGAUUCCUUGGACGGGUGCUAGCGCGCGGGGCUAUUUGAUGCAGUAUGUUUCCGAACAGAUCGAGAGGAGGCAGAGAGAAAGAAGGAAGAAAGAUGCGGUUGAAGAAGGCAAGAAAGAGGAUAACGAGGGCAUGCCAAAAGACUUCCUGGACAAGCUCAUGGACGGACACGACGAGGAUCCGGACAAAGUAACCGCCUACCACAUCUUCAUGAUGGGCCUCAGCAAUAUUAUAGCAGGCUCUGACACCACCGCUGUGACCCUCUCUGCCAUCUUCUACUACCUGCUCCGCAACCCUCCUACACUCGCCACGCUCCGGGCGGAAAUUGCCGACUUCGAUCGCCGCGGCGAGUGCAGUCAUCCUGACCUCUCCUUCAAGGAAAGCCAGGCGAUGCCAUACCUACAGGCCGUCAUUAAAGAAGCAUUGCGUUUGCAUCCUGCGACGGGCCUACCUAUGUGGAGAGUCGUGCCUGAGGGUGGAGCCGAGCUAUGUGGGCAAUACAUGCCUGGCGGCACAGUGGUCGGACUGAACUGCUGGGUUGCGCAUUACGAUAAACAAGUGUUUGGUCCUGAUGUCAAAGAGUUCCGACCAGAACGCUGGAUCGAGGCAGAGAAUGAUGCGGCGAGGCUGAAAGAGAUGAAUGCGGCAUGGAUACCGUUUGGCAUGGGGUCCCGCACAUGCCUAGGCAGGCAUGUGUCGAUGCUAGAAAUGUCGAAACUAGUGCCUCGCUUGGUGCGCGAUUAUGACUUCGAGCUUGAGGGAGAUGAGAAGGAGUGGGAUACGGCGAACUUCUGGUUUGUUAAGCCUGUCGACUUUAGGGUCACAGUCAAAGCGAGGAAGGAGGAUAGUUAACAGGGGUGAUUAGUUAAGGCAUAUGCGGGU